AUGUCCGCCCCUGCCCCCACCACUGAGGCUUCUGGCCUCAAUGAGGCUCCUCGUGAAGAAGAAGCUCCUGCUUCCCGCUCCCGCUACCAUGACCACCACCACGAUGACCCUGACUGUAAUGGUUUUGAGGAGGAGAUUUCCAAGUUUGCUCUUGAGUUUGAUAGCAAACUGAGUGCAACGAAUGUCAAUGAGCCUACUGGCGCCUCUCCGCUGGCCCUGACCUUCCCCGCAACCUCCAACAUGGCCGCGUCUGUGCCUCCUGGCCCGCGUGCCUCCUCAGCGAGCGAAUCUGUGGUGGUCCCAUCCCCCGCAAUGCCCACAUGCCCGGCUACGGCCAUAAGUCGCCCGCAGGGCCUGGUGGUCGACUCCCUGACUCCCAGCCAGCAGAUGGCACUGCAGCUGCUGCGCUCUGGCCUCCUAGAGGAACCCUGUCACUCCCGCGCCCUCGCAGCUGUCCUCACCCUCCCUGACGCCCGCCACUUGGAAUUUCGCGCCCUCGACUCGUCCGGCCCGCCGAACCUCGUGAGGAUGCAGAACCUCGAGGCGGCCAUAGGGUUUACAGUUGGCGAGCUUGUCCAGCCACCAUGUACCGACUACGUGGCCGGAUAUGGCCAGUUUGCGGGGUGUGUCCGGGUGGAGGGACUCCUCCAUGAGAGCUGCACCAACUGCCACUUCGGUGGCGAAGGCGCGCGCUGCUCGCUCGAUGCUUCUGCGGUCCCAUCGGCGCCCGGUACGGGUAGUCCUUCAGGACGUUUCAGUCUACGUGCUCAGCACCCUGCUGCGUCAGCCGCCUCAUGCACCACCGAGGCGCUUACAGGUGGGGUGGGCCGUGGCCUAAAGCGGCCCCCCCAGCUAAAAGAUACGCGCCCGUCCCGCCAUGCCCGAACGUCAUCACCCGCUCGCGCUGCUGCCUCCCGCGCACCUCCCACCCACCGCCCUGAUGACCCCUGCUAUGUUGGGAAUGAGGAGCACCCCACCCACACCUGUUACGAUGGUCACGGAGGUCAAAAGCCAGUCCGGAAAAUAAUAAGCUAG